AUGGAGGAUUUUGAUCGUAUAAGCGUUCUUUCACAAAAAAUAAUUACAAUUAAAGAACAUUUAACAGCUUUCGAAGAAUUUCUUGCACAAUUCAAUUCACAUGAUCCUGCUCAAAUCGCUGAAUUACAAUUACGAUACAAUUCAGUAUUUUCGUAUUUUUCAAAUAUUGAUGAAUUGUACAACGAGAUACAAUUAAUUGAUUCUGAAACUGACCAUACCCUCGAUAAAAAAACUUUACAAAAUUCAUUUUUUAAAUUAUUAGCGUCAGCUCAAAAUCAUGUUACAAUUAUAACACAAAGAGAGCAAACUAAUAAUUUACAUAAUCAUGAAUUAAAUUCUAAUUCGGAAAAUGAACGACUCUCAAACGUUUCGAGUCACUAUAGAAAAUUAAAAUUACCACAAGCCACUCUUCCAACUUUCAGUGGAAAGGUGGAAGAAUGGUUGUCUUUCAAGGACACAUUUAUUACUAUGAUACACAGACGUGACGACAUUACGAAUGUUGAAAAAUUGCAAUACUUAAAAUCAGUAUUAAAGGACGAAGCUUUGCGAAAGAUUCAAGUUUUUGCAAUCACGGACGAAAAUUACGAUCGCGCAUGGAAGCUUUUGCAAAAAUCAUACGAAGAUAAGCGUACAUUAAUUUCUUGUCAUUUAAAUUUGUUGUUGCGUUUACCAUCACAAGAAAAAGAGUUUUAUCAAGGCUUGAUUGCUCUUGCAGAUAAAUCACAACAACAUCUUCAAUCUUUGGCUUCACUCGGAGUUCACUCAUGA